AUGGAGGUGACCACUGUGUCCCCAUCUCCUGCCUCACCCACUGAAGGAGAUGAUCUCUGUGAGACAGAUGUCACCAGCGUGGCCAUACACAGUGUGACCCUGCUCAUCUGCCUCUGUGGGCUGGCUGGCAACGGGGCUGUCAUCGGCCUUCUCCGACUGAAAUUUCAUAAAUCUCGCUUCUUUGUCCUGGCUGUCAUUGACUUCCUCUUCCUCCUCUUUGCGCUCCCCUCCACCCUCCUCCUCCUGGUGGAGGACGUGUCCUGCUCUCCUAUCUUGCCCCGGCUGUACCUGAAUUACCUUUUACAGCUCUCAGUGGUGUCCUACUACUGGGUGCUAUUCAGACUGAUGCACAGCAGCAAAGUGCGGUAUAUGGACAAGCUCUGCUGCCGCUGUGGCCUUCCCAAGCGCCUGGUGUGGGUCUUGGACAGUGUCCAGUACUGGGCCUUCUUUGCUCUCUUUGCUGUCAUUCCUACAGUGAGAUUCCUGUGCCCAUCACACCAGCAGGAGCACUGCCGGGCAGCUCUCAUCUCCGUGCACACCAUCACCCUGCUCCUCGUUGUUGCCACCCUGCUCAUUUCCAGCACAGUUGAUUUCAUUAAGGCCAAGUGGGGCUCCCAGCAGCAGCAGCCCGAGAAACGCAACAUCGUUAUCGUCAUGAUUGUGCUCCUCACUCUCCUCCUCAGCCUCUGCAAUUUCCUGCAGCAGCUCGGUUACAUCGCUGUGUCCUCACAAGUUGUUUUCCUACUCGCCUGCAUCCACAGCAACAUCAAACCCUUCAUCUAUUUCUUGGUGGGGAGGUGUUGCAGGCCCCGCUCCAUGGGGUCCCUCUGUCUCUCCCUCCAGAGAGUCUUUGAGGAGUCAAACGGAAAAACAGCCCACAGCGAUGACCCUGCCAUGGACACGGGGAUCUGA